GCUCAGCUGAUUGGAUGUUAGGAAGGCCACCAUCUCCUGAGGAAUAUUUGGAUCUGCAACUCAAACUAGAGAGGACACAGAAAAAUAAGUACGAGGCAUGACAACAUUAAAGAGGGACACGAGAUCAAGGAGAUAAAAAGAAAAAUAAGGAAAGCAAGGACAGGAAUCUAAAACCAAACACAAAAAAAGACUUAGGUGAAGAAAGAGUGUAAAGGAGAUUGCUUCGACAAGGAGUGUAGCAAUCAAAAUAGAGUUUUAAGAGUUUUAAAGUUUAAAAAUAUUAAGGAUUACAGAAGAUAAAACAUUUAAAGUUGUAUGAGAGAGCAUGAAGAAGAACGAGAUGAAGACGAGCGAGAGUAAGACGAGCGAGAGUAAGACGAGCGAGAGUAAGACGAGCGAGAGGAAGGCGGCGUUGCUCUCCAUCUCAGAAAACAUUGAGAUGGAGCUGUUUUCUUCAGAGGAGCCCUGUGUGGUGACAUUUAAACUGGAGGUGGAAGAAGAACUCAGCUUUGACCAGAGACAUCUGGAGCAUCCUCUGGUCCCUGACUGUGAAGAAGAACCAGAGCUGCAGGUUGAGACCGUGACCAGGCCGCAGAACAAGCCCAAAACAGAGUCUCCCGCUAAGACUGAGGCUGAGCACUGCCUCCCUGUUCUAGGAUUCGUGGAGGGAAUUGAGAUAGAAAUGGAGGUGUUCCCUUCCCUUGGAUUGUCUGAAAGUGAGCUAUUGGAUAUAAAAUCACAUGAUCCUUCCAUCAUGACACCGCUGCAGCCGUUUUCAAACAAAGCCAGUCGUCUCAAGUGGAAGAGACUGACUCUGCAGAAGACCGGACUGAUUGUAAAAGAUGUGGUCUGUCUACCCAGAGGACACUACCUGGCACAGCUGGAGAGACAUAUUGUUCCACGAGGAAAAGAACGAGCAGCUCUAGCGGCCAUGGGAAUGACUGCUCGCAUCACCAUUGAUUAUAGCUGGUCGACCACUCAGAUGAAGAGUCGGCUGGCGACACUCUUCCAGGGGCGGUUUGUAAAACGGGUGGGACAAAGGUUCUCCUUCACAUAUCUACAGUGUGUGCCGGGCUCCGGGGUGCUGUUUGUCCCAGACACCCCUGCAGAGGGCUGGACUGGAGAGCAUGUGCUCCAGACUUCUGGACUUGGUGCUUUGUACAUCCUCAGCCACCAGGACUAUCCACAGGCAGAAUCAAAGAAGUCAGCAAGUGACACACCUGUGGUGAAUAUGAAGGAGUUUUGUCUGGAGGCUAGUACAGAGAGCUGCCCGGAAGAAGAAAAUCAUCUGGGAAUUCAGACCCAGCCCUGUGCUCCCAAUACCAAGGAGGAGUUCACACUCGACUUGGACUCAAUCCUGAGACUGUUCAGACAGGAGAAUAUGGAUGGAGGCGUAGAGACACACAUCCAGGUGAGGAGGAGAGACCUGCUCCACAGCGCUCUGAAGGUGGUGAGGAGGCCGGGAUUCUGUUUCAGGACGAGGCCCAUCGUCUCCUUCAGUGGAGAGGAGACUGACGGCCACGAGGGACCCCUCAGAGAGUUCUUCAGAUUGACUUUGCUGGAGCUGCAGCAAAGUUCUGUAUUUGAGGGUCUUCCAGGGCGUCUGUUCUUCAUUUACGAUCUCGCAGCUCUUGAAAACAGGAAGUAUUACGAAGCAGGUGUUCUGAUUGGCUGGUCUCUGGCUCAAGGCGGGCCUGGACCUCGUUGUCUACACCCUGUGCUCUACCAGUUGAUGUGUGGCCAGAAUCCAUCUUUGGAGGACUUCAGCUGGAGAGACGUUGUUGAUGUUGAAACACAGAUCCGACUCCAACAGCUACAGAGUUGUACUGAUGUGAAGCUGCUUCCUUCCGGUCUGUGUGACUGGCUGUCGAACUGUGGGAUCCCUGGAGUCUAUUCAGCCCAUUCUGAUGAAAUACCAACCAUCUAUAUCCACCUGGUCAAACAUUGCAUCUACUACAGGGUGGCCAGUAUGAUCUCCCAGUUCACAGAGGGGCUGAACAGCUGUGGUGGAUUGUGGGCUAUGGUACAGUCCCACCGUGAGGCGUUUGUGCCAGUGAUGACGAGCGCACAGCAGCAGCCUCUGACCCUGGAAGAGUUCAAACCGCUUUUUAACGUCUGCUACAGCCGUCCAGACAGCCAGCUGAGGGCGGCUGAGGAGGCAACAGCUGGACACUGGGAAACAGUUCUCACCUUGGUCAGCGAUGGUCAGGCAGAUUUUUCCUUUGAAGUCCUCCUCGCCUUCAUCACUGGAGCUGAUCAUCUGCCUCCUCUUGGGUUUCCCAGAUUGAUCUCCCUGUGUUUUUACUCCCAGGAUGCGAGCAUGUCAGGUGUGCGUCUGCCCCACGCCUCCACCUGUGCUCUGGAGCUCUUUCUGCCAAGGGGAGCGGCAGGGGCUGCAGACCUGAGGGUGCUGCUGAGCAGAGCAAUGCACGAGGCGCUGGGCUUUACACGUUUCCAGACAGAGGGAGAUGGAGAGGGCAGCUGCAUAGAAGUGAUGACAAAUGUAUGAAGUGGAUGACUUCCUGGAUACUUGAGGUCCUGCUGAAGCUUAAUUUGUGGAGCGCAAAGGUUUCUGCAGGAUAUGAACAAUGUGACUGAAAAGAAAGCCACAGUUACAGUUGAGGUAGAGACCAAUGUUUGUAUUGUUGAAAGCUGUAUUCAUUCAGAGUCAGGUUUCUAAAAGCAGCUAUGCACAAUGCUGUAAUUAAUUUUGUGUCAUGGGAAUGUCAUGGGAAUGUCUUUUAGAUGAGUAUAGGAAUGGUUUUGGCUAUUGUAGAUCAGAUAUGAUGAAUUGUCUUGACAUGCAUGCAUGCAGUGAAUUUAUAUGCUAUAUACUUAUAAUAACUCUUAGAUUGAAAUUCAAAUUCAAGAACACUUUGUCACCGGGGGGCAAUUUGAAGCGCCACGUGUAAAGUAGUACAUUAUAUUAAAAAUGCAAUAUACAAGACACAAUAAUUUAAUUCUUUAAGUUAAUAUUGUCAUUCAUGUUUUGUUUAAUAUUUCAAGUUUUCCAAUAUACUGUAGAUACAGAUUCCAAAAUCAUGCACCAGACUGCUUCUUUUUGACAUCUUACAAAAUAGCUAGUUUAAAUACUUCUUGCAUUGUUUCUCUGCUGAUUAUUUUAUAAUUUGUUUAUUGAGGAAAAAUGUUUUACACAAUUAAUAUAAAUAAAUUUCACUUAUUAUA